CCGUUCUACCCUUUAUCAAUCAAAUCCGACGGUGGAGAUAACUCGACAUUGUCAACAGUCAACUGAUUUAUAAUUAUUUUUCACCAAAUCCUCUGAAUAAUCAUCAAUGGCGUCUUCAGCUUCAACUACUAACCAUCACGCGAAAAUGUCUCUGCUAAAUCGAAGGUUUGUAGUUGUAGGCUUGAUUGUUCUACUGAUCUUUGCCGUAUUCAGUGAAGCUGAAGCAUCGUAUGGAGCUUACAAAGUCAAAGUCAUCAAUGAAUUCCCUCACGACCCCGAAGCCUACACCCAGGGGCUUCUCUAUGCAGAAAAUGACACACUCUUUGAAUCAACUGGACUUUACGGACGUUCAUCUGUUCGGAAAGUUGCGUUGCAGAAUGGUAAGGUUGAGACUGUUCAUGAAAUGCAGGCUUCUGACUUUGGAGAGGGUUUAACUCUUCUUGGUGAGAGCUUGUUCCAACUAACAUGGUUGCAGGAUACUGGUUUCAUAUAUGAUCGAUACAACUUUAGCAAAUUCAAAAAGUUUACUCAUCACAUGCAAGAUGGUUGGGGAUUGGCAACUGAUGGGAAAGUAAUUUUUGGAAGUGAUGGAACAUCAACAUUAUAUAAGAUUGACCCUAAGACAAUGAAAGUCAUCAGAAAACAAGUUGUCAAGUCUCAAGGGCAUGAAGUGCGCUACCUCAAUGAGCUGGAGUAUGUGAAAGAUGAAGUAUGGUCAAAUGUCUAUGGGACUGAUUGCAUUGCUAGAAUUUCACCAAAAGAUGGCACUGUGAUCGGGUGGAUUCUCCUUCAAUCUCUAAGGGAAGAUUUAAAAUCAAGAGGCUAUAAGUACUUUGAGGUCCUGAAUGGAAUCGCAUGGGACAGAGACGGUGACCGUAUUUUUGUGACAGGGAAACUAUGGCCAAAGAUAUUCGAGAUCAAGUUGCUCCCCCUCCCACCAAGUGCUCCAUUAAUUGGAGAAAUCAAUAACUUGUGCACCCCAAAAUUAAACCAUUCUAUCUUGGAAAUUUAGAGAGCUGAUGAUGUUUAUCAUUUCUCAUGUAAACUUUUGGAGCUGUUUUUAGCAGCAACAUCCAUAUCUUGAUCACCUCUUCCUAUAUUUUACUUCUAUUGCUAUGUAUAACAUCAGCUACUUAUGCAUAUUGCAACAUAAUUAAAAAAUGGAAUAAGGCAGUAAAAGUCGUAAUUAGUUGUA